CAUAACCUGAAACCUUGACAAAGUUAUAGUGACGUACGUUUGUCUUUCGAUUUCACAUAUGCCGGUUGUUGCAUCAGCAUACUGAAAAAUUUUCAAAUAAGUUGAAAUGGUUUUAGAUCUUGAUCUUUUUCGUACCGAUAAAGGAGGAAACUCUGACAAAAUCAGGGAAAACCAAAAGAAGCGUUUUAAGGAUGUAACAUUAGUCGACAAAGUUGUGGAUAAAGACACCACAUGGAGACAGUUGAGACAUAAGGCAGAUAAUUGGAACAAACUUAAAAAUGUGUGUAGCAAAGCUAUUGGUGAAAAGAUGAAGAAAAAAGAACCUCAAGGAGAUCCAGCAGAUGAUAUUCCUGGAAAUAUUCCAUCACAAUUAGAGAAUUUGACUUUGGAAUUACUACAACCUCUGACAGUAAAUCAAAUAAAAAAGGUUCGUACUUUAAUCGAUGAUGCUGUUGUCCAAAAUGAACACGAACUGAGUAAAACUGAGAAAGAACGAAAUGAUGCUCUCAGAGAAGUGGGAAACCAUUUACAUGAUUCAGUGCCAGUUGACGAUGAUGAAGACAAUAACAAAGUUGAAAGAACUUUUGGAAAUUGUGAAAUUCGAAAAAAAUAUUCUCACGUUGACCUAAUUCAUAUGAUAGAUGGUAUGGAUGGUGAAAGAGGAGCUGUGGUUUCUGGGGGAAGAGGAUAUUAUUUAACUGGACCUGCAGUUUUUCUAGAACAUGCUUUGAUUCAAUUAUCUUUGAGAAUAUUGCAUAAGAAAGGUUAUAAGCCAUUAUACACGCCAUUCUUCAUGAGGAAAGAGAUAAUGCAAGAAGUUGCCCAGCUAUCUCAGUUUGACGAAGAACUUUACAAAGUAAUUGGAAAGGGUAGUGAAAAGGGGGACGAAAAAGAAAUAGAGGAAAAGUAUCUCAUCGCCACCUCUGAACAACCAAUUGCUGCAUUUCACAGAGAUGAGUGGAUUGCUGAGAACUCUCUACCUAUUCGUUAUGCUGGACUUUCAACGUGCUUCAGACAAGAAGUAGGAUCUCAUGGACGUGAUACUAGGGGAAUUUUUAGAGUUCAUCAGUUUGAAAAGGUCGAACAGUUUUGCUUAACUUCUCCAUUCGACAACAAAUCUUGGGAAAUGAUGGACGAAAUGAUAGGUAAUGCAGAAGAGUUCUAUAAGUCUCUUGAAAUCCCAUAUCGUGUAGUUAAUAUUGUCUCGGGGGCAUUGAAUCAUGCUGCAGCCAAAAAGCUUGAUUUGGAGGCAUGGUUUCCAGGCUCUGGAGCUUUUCGUGAGUUGGUUUCAUGUAGUAAUUGUCUUGAGUACCAAGCAAGGCGUUUAUUGGUACGUUAUGGACAAACUAAGAAAAUGAAUGCUACUACAGACUUUGUACAUAUGUUGAAUGCCACGAUGUGUGCAACUACAAGAGUAAUUUGUGCUAUUCUAGAAAAUAAUCAAACAGAUUCAGGUAUUAAAGUACCAGCCGUUUUAAAAGUUUUCAUGCCUGAAGAAUAUCAGGAUGAAAUUCCAUUUGUUAAACCUGCCCCCAUUGAUAUUGAGAAGGAUUCUAAGAAAGCUAAAAAGCAAAAAGAAGGAAUGAAGAAAGCUGGAGGUGAGGAAUAAUGAUGGAUUUGAGGAAAAUGUUUUCAGGUCUGGAGUUUCAUUGAUAAUCUGC